AUGUCUUCCGUUUGCGGCUUUCGGACGGGUCUUGAGGGAAGGCUGGGGGUUGAGAGUUCAGGCUCACGAUUGCGUGGACUCUUUGUGGGCUCAAGCUGCAAGGAAAAGCGCUGGCCCAUUCCCGUAAAUUUUCGUGGUAUGGAAGCAGCACAUUCAUGGGCGUGCAGUGCCAAGACGCUGUCCAAUAGAGAAGUCGCUGCAAGACUUGUUUCGCUGAGUGCCAGAUCGUUGUGUCCGACAGCGAGUGCUGCCACGGCCUUUCGAGUGGGGAGGCGAUGUUUGAAGGACUUGGAGGGUGUUUUGGCAGUUGCGAUGAAGAUCCCGCGGGCCGCUGAAGCACAGAGACUGCGCGUUUGCCGUACACGCUCCUGCACACGACCCUUGGUUUCUUUCCAAAAUGCUGACACGAAGCAGGCACGAGAGCGAGAAAGACUGGAGACCGCCAAAGAACGGCUAGCACUGGGAGGCAUUGAUAAUGCGAAAAUCCAGAAAGCGGUUUCGGCAGAUGAUGGUGGAGAUUG